UUCCCGCGGCAACAUGGGCGACUACAACUCCUCCGCACCGCCCGAGCCACCCGAGCCGCCCGAGCCAGUGACGGAGGCACCGGACUGGGGAGACCCGCCCCUCGGGCCCGAGGCCACCGCCGUCCCGAUCGUCUUCGCCCUCAUCUGCGUGGUGGGGCUGGCGGGAAACCUGCUGGUCAUCUACGUGGUGUGGAAAUACGAGAGGAUGAAGUCAGUGACGAACUACUACAUCGUGAACCUGGCGGUGGCUGACGUGGCGUUCCUGAUCUGCUGCGUGCCGUUCAGCGCCGCCGGCUUCACCACCACCAGCUGGCACUACGGACUCUUCAUGUGCAAGUUCGUCUUCUACUUCAUGCAGGUGACGACCAUGGCCACCUGCCUGACGCUGGCCGCCCUGAGUGUGGACCGGUAUGUCGCCAUCGUCCAUCCCGUCUCCUCCCUCGACAGACGCACCCCAACACUCGCCAUGGCCAUCAGCGCAGGGAUAUGGAUAGGGUCGUUCCUGCUGUCCGUGCCGGUUGCCAUCUACACCGAGCUGGUGAAGGGGUUCUGGUUCGGCCCGCAGGUGUACUGUCAGGAGCAGUGGCCCUCCAGACAGGCUGAGCUCGGCUACAACAUCUACACCAUCCUCAUCAGUUACGUCAUCCCGCUGCUGGUCAGCGCCACGUCUCACACCCUCAUCGUCUGCAGCCUCUACAAGAAAAACAGCGUCCAGCCGCACCACAACCUGCACAACGAGGAACAGGCCCUGCGUAAGAAGAAGAAAGUGACCCGGAUGGUGGCGGUGGUGGUGACGCUGUUCGCCGCCUGCUGGCUGCCCAACCACGUCAUCAACCUCGUCAAACAGUUGAACCUGGUUACGCUCGGGUACGAGAUGUACUGUGUGAAGAUCACGGCCCUGUGUCUGAGUUACGCCAACUCCGCAGCCAACCCGUUUGUGUACGGCUUCAUGGGACAGAACUUCAGAAAGAGCUUCAAGAAGGCCUUCCCAAGAUGUUUCCACCAGAACCGCGUGGCCGUGAUGAUGCCGGACGGGGCCCGGGCGGGAGGGUCCGGAACAGGGAACGGAUCGGGCAACGGGAACAACGUCAACCUCAAACCGUUCGUGAACAACAAGGUCUCCACUGUGGAGGAACACACUCCCUCAGUGUGAACCCAUGGUUGUAUCGUACCCAGAACCAAGCUUAUCUAGGUUGAUGCCCGAAUGGGUCAGGGUUAGGAUCAGGCACGGUUCUGGACAGUCUCCUCGUAUCCAAGAACGUAGAUUUGCCGCUCAAACCAACACACAAAACGUUUCAUUCUGAUCUACCUCAAAACUACCGUGACAGUGCCAAAGUUUUUACUGCGAGCCAAUAGCUCCUGUAAACGUCCUGAAAUCAGCGAUAUUUUUCCUAAUGCACUUACGUAACAUUCAGUUGAAAGCUAAUGAAACGACAGCCGUCUUUGGCAAUAAAACCAUGCUGUGUGAUAUUCGGGGCACUUGACAGGUAUGCACGCCACCUUGCGGGUAAAAAGAUUAUCACAACAGCUGUAUAUAAAGAUUUAGAUGCUGUCAGUGAAAUAGUGUGUGGUUGUCUGAUAAUAUCACAGAGGAGUCACAACAAUUUGAUCAUAUAUUGUUUCUUGCAUACAUGUAAAGGUACUUGUGUCAUCGAUAAGGUUAGACAUCCAGGUACGAAACACAAGAUAUUAAUCAAGUACUUGUCAGACGUUUCAGAGAGCAUCCGAAAUCUUUCACCAGUGACUUAGAACGUGUUAGGUGGCGUAUCGUACGCGUAAUAAUGUUAUCAUUGUACCCCAAAGAUAUAUUUCUUGGAUUUUUGGAUCUUCAGUCGUUCAAUAGCAGCUACAAUGUUUGCUGUCCAGACUACUCUCGUGUUGUGCUGUUAGCUGCUAGUCAAGGUAAAUAUAUUUGAUAUUGUAUAUAAUAAAGUUAUAACGUUAUAUAUAUAUUGACCAAGAGAGACGAAGAAGAAGAUUUGAUAUUGUACAGAAAAAAAUAUUUGUUGUGGACAGACGCGUUUGAAAAUUGAGAGAACUCAAGGAAUGGUAAAGAGAUGUAAACGGACUGUCAUAUGCAGAGUGUAUUCAUGAUACAUGUAUUAUAGUUUUAUAUAUAUUUAUAUGGACAAUCACAAAUAACGGAUAUAAAUUGAUAAAUGUUAUUUGUCAUUUGAUAUUUUUGUGAUUUUGACUUUCAGUGUGUGAUUGUAAUUUCCUGCAUGUGAUUUUAACAAUAUAGAUGUACGUUCGCACUUGACAAUCAUGAUAAUGAAAGUCGCACAACCUAAAAAAAAAGCUUAAGCAGACCGUACAAUGUACAU